ACGAUAGCUUAUCAUCUCUAAUGAGCAUUAGCUGCACGUGUGCGAGCUAAACAUAUUUUCUUUAUAAAACAUUGUUUUAUUAACACAAAACCACCAAAAUGAAACAUAAUGUCGCUACCAAAAGCGUCAACCGUAAAGAUGGGGUGCAAUCAAAGUCCAAGAAGAAGGAGAGCCCCUUUGAACAGAUGGAAAGCUUCCGGCAACAAGUGCUCCAUCUGCUCACAAUACACAAGGUGCCAUAUUCCGCGAAAGAGGACGAAGACACCUACGAGGAUUACUUGCUAUCCGAUGAUGAAAAUGCGACCAAAACAAAAGGCAAAAAACUGAAAAAACCAAGCAAACCAGCAAAUGCAGCUGGCGACGAAGACGACGUCGACGAGCGAAUUGCGUCCAUAAAGAACAAGCUGCGCCAAAAGAAAAAACCAACAACGGAACGUCAACAGAAGCGAAGGGAGGCCAAGAAACUGAAGCACAGCAAAGGGGUGCAAAAGUUACUGCAAUCCUCGGCGAAAACGUUGAAAAACGAGAAUAUUAAGCAACAGAAACUUAGGAAUGGUCUCGUCAAAACAGAGCAAAAUGCAAAUGGAGAGCAAACUGACAGCAAAUCGCUUAUUCAACCGGUCAAAAUGCAACCCGUCUUCAAUGAGGAAUCGAAAAUUGUCUAUUCCAAAAUCGAUUUUGCCGCCAAUCCCGGCUCCAAAGCCAAGAAAUCCCAUCAGAACCCAAAGGAAAUACUUAAAAAGCUGAAAGACACUCGUCAACAUAUAAACGAACUAAAGGAACAAGGCGAAGCGGGCAAAGCAGCCGAAUUACAAAAUGAUAUUGCCUGGAAAAAGGCGUUCGACAAGGUUGAGGGGAAAAAGGUAAAGGAUGACACCAAACUGCUGCAGAAGGCGAUCAAAAAGAAGAAGGUGGAGAAACGCGCUGCGAAAAAGAAGUGGGCGGACCGCAAGGAGAAGGUGGAAUACGAUAAGACGAAGCGUCAAAAGAAACGACAGGAUAAUCUUGAUAAGCGCAGCAAGGAUAAGAAGAAAACCAAAUUGAAGAAGGCAAGCAAAAAGGGCCGAAUUAUAGCUGGCUACUAGGUGUCUGUUUGGCAAAUUCACUUGUUUAACUACUCAAAUAAAAAAAUUGACACAACGAA